GCUGCAUCGGGGGUCGGGGUUGGCCUAUCAUGACGCUACCGUAACCGCUUCCCCGACAUUAGCUCCCGCCUCAAGAUCAUGGCGAACGUGCGCAGCCGCCGGUUUACUGCCUUAGGGCAAGGCACGUUUACUGGCCCUUUCCUUUGUUUUCUCGCUUGGGCGUCUCCAUGACUGACAUUUCAAUCUGUUCUAUCGUCUGUUCUGCCCUUUGCAGCUGCAUGCUUCUCUCAGUGACACAGCCGUGGGUGAUCGGACAAGAUGCUUCACUCGUCGUUUCUUUUGCUUCUAGCAGUUCCGGGUGCCCUUGGAGCAUUCAAGUUUAUCAAUCCACCACCUUUCGAAAAGACGCACGAUUUCUCCCUGAACCCAAUCUACCCUGAGGGAUCAAUCCUAAACAUAAAAUGGAGCGAUCAAACGGAAGAGAAUACAUCGCUCACCCUCUGGCAACUGAACGGAACCCAGUUUAUGGAGCCAUUUGAGUAUCUUACUCAGGAUGUGUCGGGUAGUGUGACUUCGUUGAACUGGAAAGUACAGACGACCAAGGACCUUUCUUUCUCGAGCAUGUUCUACCUCUCCAUCUUUCCCGAGGGGACGACCUCUCCACUGGCAAACAGCCACUAUUUCAACAUAACCAGCACGAAAAAAGACGAUGAACCUAAAGAUAAGAGCUCUUCCACCAACUCUCAAAGUGCGACAACGACGGCGACUACCACCACUGCCUCCGCCCCGUUCAUAACCGCCGCUCCAACUAGAGCGCCCUCGGGCUCAGCACCGACCCCGGAAGUCAACAACAAAGAUGAACAUGACGAACCACCGCCCCCUGACCCCCCAAAAGAACCAAAAGAAAUGAGCGUUGGAACAAAAGCUGCCAUUGGAGUUGGAGCAUCUGUCGGUGCCCUCAUUCUAAUUUGCGUGGCGUGGUUCAUUCUCCGCAGAAGGAGACGGGCAAGUGCAUCUGCCGCCACAUGCAAUCACUAUUACGAGGGCGAAAAAUACGCGCAAAAUCUCACGCCUGAUCACAGGAGGCUCUCACAUCCUGUCGAACUGAGUGGCAGGCCAAGGGUGGCACCACCCACGGUUUUCGAACUCCCAGCGAACUCUUCAUUAUAACCUUACUUAUUCCAGGCAACUGUGUUGUAAAUAUUCGGAAGGGCUGCGCCCUCGGGAUAACCCUAAUUCUUGGUUGGCUAGCAUGGCUUUUUUCGCAUUGCCUGUUUUCUGUUGACUGCUGUAACUAACGAGCGAUGAUAUUCCUUACUGUGCAUCUCCCUUUUUCUUUUCUUUUCUCCCAUAAGAGUACCAUGCUGGUCCAUUUAAUUUGCCUUGGCAAUUGUAUUUAUAUCCUGAUCCAAGUGCUCAAAUACUGAUCCCACAAUACUGAGC